CUGACACAAAAUGCUAGUGGAAUUAAAAAAAAUACAAAAUGAAGACGCACAUACAAAUUUUGAGGUGAAAAUAGGAACCAACUCAUAAAAUAGGAACCCCAAGCCGUGACAAAAAAAGAUGGUGUUAUCCGACCCGCUUACCCGAAUAAAAGAUGUGGAGUAUUUGAAGUUGCUAAACCUAAUCUGAGUUCUCUUCACAGUGAGAGGAUAAAGGGAGCUUGAAUCGCAAGGAAACAUCGAGAUGGAGAGGGAGAAAUCGAGCCGAAAAGAGCGAGAAUCAACGAAGGAAAGGGAGCACAAGCAUCGAAGCUCCAAGGAAAAGUACAGAGAACCCACCAGCGACGAAGACGAUCAUCGACACCACAACCGUUAUCGCUCAAAGCACCACGGCGGCGAUGACGAUGGGGACCGCCACAGAUCUGAGAAUCGCCACCGCCGGUAUUCCGAGGAGGAUGCCUUCGAUCGGGAGAGAUCGGUUGAGCGUCGGAGGAGCGAGAGAGAGGGAAGCCGAGACCGAUACAAGCGGGAGAGAUCUCCAGAGCGGGAAGUUCAGAGAGAGGAAUCUGUGGAGAGGCGGCAUUUGAGCAAGAGGAAAGAGAGAGGAGACAGUGAGGAUAGAAAAGAUGGGACUGAGAAGAGAUUUAGGGUUUCAGAGGGCAAGAAUGAGAACGGAGUAGAGAAGGAAGAUAGAAGGGAGAAGAGGAGGUUUGAUGACAGUGAGGUUAAGGAUAGAGAAGACACUCAAGAGAGGAGAGAACGGAAGAGAUUUGUGGAUAAAAUGAAAGAGGAUGAUACUGGAGUUGACAAUGAAAGGGGGUUCCAACAAAAUACUGUUAAGAAAGAGGAGCCAGCUGAUGCUCAUCAUGUUGAUUCCAUUGCCAGUGUGAGCUUCUUCUUCAUUCAUACACUUACCAAUGAGGCUCAACAGUUCCUUUAAAACACUUAUCAUAAAAUGUCAUUUCUUAG